CCCGGCUAAUAAUCCAGCAGAAUUCAGAAACCAUGCUGGAUAUAAAAAAGGCAGCUUUAUUUUUGUGCUUUGCUUUUGUUGGAGAUUAAAUAUACUGAAGAGGCGACGCUCUCAGGUCAUUAUUUGUACGUUACAGCUGUCCAGUCAGAGCUGGACAGACACUGCUUGCAAGCCUUGUUGAGUGAUUAAGAGGCAGAGUUAGUCUCUGAGAGUCAUAAAGGAGGGAGAGGGGAGAAGAUUGUGAUUAAGAAAAAUAUCAAAGGCUGAUAGAAUAACUGAGUAGAAACUUUUACAUAAGUCACAGAUACCACCUGAAAAAAAACUCAAAAAAAGGAAGCUGGAUGAGCACAUUACAGAUCUGAAGUGGGAAUCACAACAGUGUCUGUUACUGUUCUACAUCAGAAAUCUGAACUGAAUCUUCUGCCAGGGGAAGAACAAACAAACCAGAAUGAAAGGUAACUGGCUUCUGGUUUGGAGUGUCAUGUCGUUGGCACACACAGCUCAUGGCUGCCCCAACAAAUGCCUCUGCCACACAGCUUCAAAGACUGCAGACUGCAAGAAUAGAGGAUUUACUGAAAUUCCUGCCCAUUUACCUCCUGAAAUUCAGAUACUACAGUUGCAGAAUAACCGUAUCUGGAGAAUCAACCAAAAUGCAUUCACUGCAACACCACUGCUCAAAAUCUUAGACUUGUCCAAUAAUUCUCUCUCAAGUGUGGCACCUGGUGCUUUCCAAAAACUACGCUAUCUGCAGGUUUUAAACCUAACCAGAAAUUUGAUGCAUUAUAUAGAAAACAAGACUUUCAGUUUCCUCCCUCACCUAAAAGAACUGGACUUGUCAUCCAACAGCAUUAUUCGUUUGCCUGAGACGUUUGGAAACAGCACAGGGAAUAUAACAUUGCUCUCUGUGAAGCAUAACAAACUUCAGAAAAUGGAAAGAAUUCUGCUGGAGUCACUUCCAAACCUGAAAGUGGUUCUCUUCAAAGAUAAUCCCUGGCAAUGCAAUUGUAAUAUCUUUGGCCUGAAACUGUGGCUGGAGAGUUUUCUAUACAGAGGAGGAAUAAGCGAUGGCAUUAUCUGCUCAGCGCCAGGGAUUCGGAAGGGGAAGGACCUCCUCAAAGUUCCCUACGAGCUCUUUGGGGCCUGUCCUCUGAGGACAGCUCACGUGCCCCUGGCCAGCAGCCACCACCACGGCUUCGAGCACCGGAGCUCACUGAAGCACAGCCACCACGCUGAGUUUGGGGACAGUGGCCGUGCCAGCUGCGAGCCCAAGCCCAAGCCAAGGCCCGUCAGCUUGCGCCACGCCAUCGCCACCGUGGUCAUCACCGGGGUCGUGUGUGGAAUCGUGUGUCUGAUGAUGCUGGCAGCUGCUGUUUAUGGCUGUGCUUAUGCUGCAAUUACGGCCAAAUGCCACAAAGAACAUUUGGCCCCGGUUAGGCAGCCUGGGAUUCCCGAGGAAAAAGAGCCUUUUGAGACUUCCUUGGCUUGAGUUGCUUCUGUCUUUGGCUUCUUGAAAAUAAAGCCCUCACCGCAGUUGAAAAGCCUGGAAUCUAAAUAGCAUUGUUUUAAUAGAACUUACUGGGGUUCUUCUGUCUCUCUUAUUUUUUUUUUUUCCUUUUUCAUACUUUUAAAAAUGUAAAUAUAUAUAUAUUGCUUGGAAUAUCUACUAAGACUUUAUAUAGAACAUAAGUUUAUUUAUAUUUUAUGCAUGUGUAUUCCAAAACCACUAUCUAGGGCUGAGCAUUUGAGAUCACGAAAUCAUGAUGUAGCCACUUUAAAGUGUUUUACCAGCCUUUACUAAUUCUUGAUGCAGUAUUAGACCAAGAUAUGACCUAUGGUGCACCUACAGUCAGUGGCUGACAGGAGUGAUGUUCUGCAAAGAAAAAUAGAAAAGAGUCAUCUAAAUUAGUUUAUCUAAAUUUGUACUCUCUUAAAUUAGAGAGUACAAAUUACUAUCUAAGAUGUACACAAUUCACAAGCAAUUUUCAGACCAGCCAGUCUAUGCACUGCCCCUGAUAACAUAAAUGUGUUAAAAGCAUUUCCAAAAAUGUAUUUUCAAUCUUCCAAUAUAUCCUAGGAAGUGGCAAUUAAACAUUCCAUUCAUUUCCUAAUUUAGAAAGUAGGAAGCACCUUGUUAACUACUGUAUAUAAUUUUUUAAUUACUUAGUAGGGAAGAAAGAAGAGAGCUGAGAAAAUGCUGAAGGAAGAAAUGCUACACUGCUUUGGAUAGAGGCCCUGAAAGGAUUACACAGAGCAUAUCUGAAGACACUACCUGAUAUCCUGCUGGCUUACAGGCUUGCUACACACUUUUCUGUAGCCACUUAUUCCCAAAUCCUCACACAAAGUGCCCCAUUUUGCAAAUGCCAUGACUGCAGAUGCAGCUCCCAUCACAGUGCUGCCCUUCAGUAGGAGGAUAAUGUAGUUGCAUGUUUACACAUCCUCCCUCACAGAGGGAACAUUCAGCUGGAUUCACUCAAGGGUCCAUCCUUACUCUCUGCAGAGCUGUUUUGCCGUCAGAGGAAAUCAGGGCCAGAACCAUUUGAAUAUCUUAAGUUUAGAAUUCAAAGAAUAUUUUGAGUGUGCAGAGGUAGGUCUUUUAAUGGUUCUUAGAAAUUAUUUUAAGGCAACCAACAGAGAUCAAGAACUCCAUUCACCUUUCCCAAGACUAGAUAAAAUAAAUUUUUGGCUAUUUUGAACAGAUGUCUCAUGUGUCCCCUAACUCUCUCCAGUGACGGGGAUAAAGACCUGUCCAGGUAGCCAAUGCAGAAAUCACCAAUUUUUAUAGUCUUGAGGAAAAAGUCCAUGGAACAAUCUGCAGUAAGGGAAAGGGGAAGCUGUGUUGUGGCAUUUGGAGACCUGCACUCUCCUUCCAACAGAUGGAUUCUGAGAUCAAGCUCUGUAGCUGUUCCAAUAACAGCCUCAACUGAGUAAUGGGCUCAAUGGCAGGAGUCACCUAACCCCUGCUCUUAUCUACUUAGUAAUAAUUGCAACCCAAAUAUUAAAGCUCAUUCCUGCAUCUGCAGUUGCUUUCAUGUCCAGAGAAAAUUAAGCAUCUCAGUCUUAAUCUAAAUCUAGCAGACAUUGAAAACAAUCAAUUACUGUCUGUUCUUUUUUUUUCUUUUUUUUUUUUUUCAACUGCUAAGUACUUCAUAUCAUUAUUAGGCUCUGUUCAUUCUUCUCUGUCCUGAACUAAAUAAACCAAGCUGUUUCAAAUUCUUCCUGCAAGA